AUGGCCCUGGUGGAGUUGGCACAAGUUCUUGGGUAUGGGUUCUCAAGCCAGUCUGAGGCCUCUGAUAGUAACCAGCAGUUACAACGUGCUGCUGUGGAGUGGGCUCAGCGGGAGACCCAUGUGGGCCAGGUGAGGAUGUGUGGGGGAGAGGAGGGCGUGACCCCAGGUGGCCAAGGGCCGGUGAGAACCAGCCACAGCCAGAGCUCUGGGGCGUGCGGAGAUGAUCCGGAAGCCUUCCUUGCUCUGUGGGAGGAGGUGCAUACGCAGGUCUGGCUCCCUAAGGUCCUGCUGACUGCUGCUCUCUGUCCAGACCACGAGAACAUGGAGCUUACCAGUGCGCUGCAGUCAGAGCAGCAUGUCAAGAAAGAGCUACGAAGCUGGGGGAGCCGCAGGAGGCUGGGGGAGCUGAAGGAGAGGCUACUCUGCUCGGGCUCUUGCUCCGCGGCAGGCAGGGCGGUCCUGAGACCCCAUUGCCCAGCGCCACCGCCUGUAACCUCAAAGGUCUUUCUCACUCGGGUCUUCCAAGCAGGCGGCUCAGAGAGCUCCCUGUCUGUGGCUGCGCGCCCCGCCCCAUUACCAUGGAGACUGCUCGUACACAGUUUCCUUUUCCCUUCCACCCUGCCCCGAGGCCCCUCCGACGGGACUGGUGCCCGCUUAGGAGGGAGCCGGUCCUGCCCCGGCCUUCAGCGGGCGCCCAUGAACAUCAAGGCCCCAACGAGGCUGGCUGUGGGUAGAGUGAGGUUCUUCGGUCAACACCGUGGGGAGGUCAACUGCUCUGCUUUCUCCCCUGACGGCCGGACCCUGCUCACAGCCUCAGAUGACGGCCAUGUCUAUGUAUGGGAGACCAAGAGCAGGAGGCUGCUGUGGAGAAUGGCCGGCCACAGAGGCCCAGUGAAGUUCUGUCGCUUCUCCCCUGAUGGCCGCCUCGUUGCCAGCUCUUCCUGCGACCGCACUGUCCGCCUAUGGGAUUUGGCACGCUUCAAGUGUCUACAUGUGCUGAAAGGUCAUCAGCGGAGUGUGGAGACAGUCAGCUUCAGCCCUGACUCAAAGCAGCUGGCAUCGGGUGGCUGGGACAGGAAGGUCAUUCUCUGGGAGGUGCAGUCUGGCCAUAAUGUGCGCCCAUUGAUUGGGCACCGCGAUUCCGUCCAGAGCAGUGACUUCUCCCCCACCGCCGACUCUCUGGCCACUGGUUCCUGGGAUUCUACUGUGCACAUCUGGGACCUGCGGGUGGCAGCCCCAGUUACCUCCUACCAGGAAUUGGAGGGCCACACUGGCAACAUCAGCUGCUUGUGCUACUCAGCCUCUGGCCUCUUGGCAUCUGGCUCCUGGGACAAGACCAUCCGUAUAUGGAACCCCACAACCAACAGCCUGCUUUUCCAGCUUAAGGGCCAUGCCACCUGGGUUAGAAGCCUAGCCUUUUCUCCUGAUGAACUGAGGCUGGCCAGUGCCGGUUACUCCCGAAUGGUCAAAGUCUGGGACUGCAACACAGGAGAAUGUCUGGAGACCCUAAAGGGCCUGCUGGAUGUGGCCCAUGCUUGUGUUUUCACCCCCGAUGGCAAACUCUUAGUGUCAGGGGCUGCUGUGACAAGAUGACAAGUCUGCUGCUCAAAGUCCCAAGAACCUCUUCCUCACAGCUUACCACAAGCCUAAAGCAACUAAGAACGUAGCCACCACAUCUCGGCUGCACGCAGGGACUACCCUGUCACACAAGGCCGGCACCCAAUGUAGAUUAAGUGGUCAUUACCCACCCCACCCCCUCCAGGUGGUCAGUGCAAACAAGAAGCAGAAAGUCA